AUGGCAAUGGAUGUUUCGACGGAUUGGGGCGAAGCCGACGACAGUAGCACCGGGGAAUACAUAACCGCGGACGACGGUUACGAAGCUGAUAUCGAAGUCCCUGUAAAAAAUUCUCAAGGCCUUUUGUCAAAGCGAAUAAAUCAAUUUAGCGCUACAUCGGAAGCAAUCAAAGGGAACGCUAAUGCUCAUCCAGCCCUCUGCUCCCUAACCAUCGAUCUCUUAAUAUACUUUUCUAAACAGGGCUUAGACGAGGAGAGGAUCGCCAUCGUUACGAGUGGAUUGAGGAAGGUAGCAAUUAUUUGCAAAGAGAGCGCCUUUAGUUGUGCUAUAUUGGCUGGUACGGGCGUUAUCGGGCGAAUAUUCGACGGUUUUAGAGAUAUUCUUCAAUGUAAAAAUUCCAAAUAUCAAGAUUUACAACACGCCGCACUCGAAGUUUUCACGCUAUUGGCCAUGCAGUCUAUAUCCCCUACGGAAUUGAUAUCGUAUCUUGCAUUAUUCAAAGUUCCUUUGCCACCCCUUCUGUCGCUACUGCAGCCGCUAUUCCGUCUCGUACUCACGGCAAAGCCUCAGCCUAAUUUCAUUCUAUCCUUUCCCGUAGUGAGCGAGGAGCCUGCAAUUAUAAAAAGCAAUAACGAAGAUAAUAGAAAUGUGGAAAAGGUUGAAAAUCUUGUGACAAAUUUCCGCAGGAAGCAUCUUGUUUUAGAGAUAUGCAGUCCCUGGUCGGUGCACGCUAUAUGCCUACCCAUUGGAUCGGAAAUGUCGUGGCCAGUUUGGCUGCAAGGCUGCUCGGCAUCGCUUUGGCUUCGCGUGGAGCGUGGCAAUUCGAACAAAAGCAGCAGGGGUUUGCAGAUGAUGAGCGAGAACAAUAAUUUAUUGAAUUCCGAGAGUGAUAGUUUAUCGGAUUGGGGCUUACUAUCCGACAACUGGAGUCGAGAAGUUGUCAUGGGCUCUUCGUCUCCACCUUUACCUAUUUCUAUUCUUCAUAUGAUGUCCAUUGGAUUUGAGUCGCUAGUUUUAGAAACGUGGCUUGACUUGAGAUCUGAUAAACUCAUUUUACGCCUCACUCGACCCGAUGACAAAACAAAUCGCACUAUUUCGGAAACUUCGAUAAAUGGAAUGUUACCAUCGGGGCGCUGGCAUCAUUUGGCAAUUAACUUUAAAGAUACCGUGCUUAAUAAGCACAGUGCUGUUGUUGAAGUUGUCAUUUGGGUAGACGGGUGGAAGGAAAUUAGAGUCCAGUUACCGUUCGAUGGACUUUUAAUUAGAAAGCCAGGAACUACGUGUAUUUUGCUUGGUCAAACAGGUUCGAGUGCCGUUGGAGCUUGGUAUCUUAGUAACGUAAUGAUAUUCAGAUGUCCGGUAUUUAAUAACGAAAAGGCCUUGUACCUCGCGAGUCUUGGGCCAAAUUUUACAAAUCUCGCCGAUUGUUUGCUGAGUAAUAUUAAACCGGAUUUCGCACCACUCAUUGCUUCAGGAGCCUUAAACGGCGUUUUGGAAAUAAAAAUUGAAGGUGGAAAAUGUGAUGCGAAUAAAAGAAAAACUUUUAGAGGCAUGUACUUACGACACGCGGUUGAGAUGAAAGUCUCCGAUACGAAAAUCGAUUGGGACUCGGUUAUGGAUCCCAAUAACUCACAUUUACAUGAUCUACAAGAUAAUUUAUUACUUAUUUACGAGGCCCAAAAUCCCAAUGCCGUGCAUUUAUAUCCUCAAGCAGUUGCCAAUUCUAAUGUUGUUAAAACUUUAUUUCCUGGUCAACCUGGAUUUAAAGUUGUUUCUGCCCCGGAACACAGAGUAUCUCAGCAGCCACCUCUCUCUGUUUCGCCAAUUGCCCCAGUGCAAUUGCAAUGUCAGCAUUAUAAGGGACUUGUGUCGUCGGCGAGUUUGAUCGGUGGAAUGCCCGUUUUCUUGUAUUUAUUCGCGAGGGUCGUCGAGCUUAAUUCAAACGAAGAAGAGCAAGCUUUGGCACUGUCGGUUGUCUUACAUUUAGCGCGCAGUGACUCGGAAAUGCUAAAUCAAUAUCGCUCGGAGGGCGGAGCCUCGCUGCUCCUUAAAGUUUUAGAAUCCCCUCGUUGUUAUGCUAGUAAGCACAUGCUAAAAGCAAUUUUAGAUGCUGCAUGCGACUGCCCGAUUCUCGUAAAAGACGCGGGCACAAAGAAUCACUUGAUAUCUCUAAAUUGCGAGGCAAUCAUCACCGAUCCAGAAUUAAUAAAAUGCGCGCUCGAGGCAUGGAGAACUUGGGCGAUGUACGACGCUUUGAAUUUGUUGCUACAGGCGAUGUUGUGCUUGUUGAAAGAUCAACAUCCGCAAAGAGAGUUCAACGCUUCUCAAUUGAAUCGCAUUCGGAUCGUCGACACGAUACUACUCAUGUGCAAGGAGCACUUCAUGUACGAGGAAGUUAAUGUAUCGCUAGAUGCGACCACGGGAAGCGCCGUUGUUGAAUUAAUAAGAGCAUUGAUGGGCGCACCACCCGAAUUUUCCCAUUUAGUUUUAAUCACGGAUUAUCUAAUACUCGUUCAUCAAGCGUCCGAAACAUACGUAACGCACUCCCGGCACAAUAUGUACUUCUUAUUAACGCCACUGGACACGACGAAAUCCUCGACAAAGAGUCUUGUUGGGAGCGAAUCGAGCGAAUCGAUCAGUACUCUCGACAAUUGUAAAUUAAUCAAGGCUUUGGCAAAUGUACAAAUUCAGAAGGGAAAGAUUAUUAAGGAGCGUGAUGUCGAUGAGGCGAAUGUCGAAAAUGACACGUCGUCGCAAGGUCAAGAUACGAGUGCCGGCGAAGAUUCGGGUAUCGCAGCGAGCGAAGGCUCGAAUCAGCAGGUAAACGAAGGACAGUCGAUUUGGUCGGACAAGAAACGAGCGUGCCAGGGCUUAGUUUGCGAAGGCCUCUUACUACUUUUGCGAGACGCAUUGCGCGUCCUGCCCGAUAGUCAAGUAGGAUCGGUGUUGAGGCACGUCUUACGUGUCGAGUUGUUGCUCAUUUUAUCGAACAAUCCCGAUGCGCGAGUACGAACGGCACUCGUAAAGGUCAUACAGGUUUACUUGCAGCGAGCCACCGACGAGGAAGUUAAUAAAUUUGUUAAGCAGAAGUACUUCAUACAUUUGGCAAAUCAAAUAUCACUUUAUCCUGGUAGCGAGCCACUUGUCGUCACUCUGGAGAAUUUGGCGCUUAAAGGCCCGAGUCUUGCCGCAAUGCCACCUAUUUUAGCAAUGAUACCAAAAGCGGCAGCUACCGAUCUAAAUGUCGCAAGGCCUCUCGUGUCUUUCGUUACCGAUCUCAUAACGAAGAAUCAACACGCCCUAAGGAUUUUACUGGACCAAGGUCUGAUGGAAUCGGUCGUUCGAGGCUUGGUAAAUGCCGCGCACGUUGGCUCCUGCGCAUCCUUAUUCCGCGAUAUACACGUUCUAUUGGUGGCUAUAGCGACCAAGCUUUUGGAUUCGCCGGGAAAUCAUCAUAUGCAAUCUCUCAUCGAUCUGCACAUCAUUCUUAAUCAUGCCGAAUUAACGGAGAGGUUCCAAUGCGGAUCUAACAAAAUCUGCGUCCCCGCGCUGAGAGAUGCCCAAGUCGCUUUAUUCGAUGGCCAAUUGGAUAUUCUCACGUCCAAAGUAUCCAAUCAUUCUGGAUUUCGUUUGAAGAGCACCGCUUCUUACUUGGCAUCGGCAUCGUAUUUGACCAACGCGCUAACGACAUCGAGUGAACAAAGUGACCAGGGCUCUCGAUCCUCGAGUUAUGGAAGUUUGCAUCUUAUCUCGAAUACGAUGAUGCGCGAGCCAGGAAAGGGCGAGUCAAACGAACGUUUCCGUUUGAUUCUUAAUCGAGCCGUGGAUUUUUUAACAACAGCCGACGGUUCGGUCUCAGCUAACGAGCUACAGCUAACCAAACGACUCUUCUCUAUUCUUUUACAUGGUAUUUCUAGUCCACUUAACAAAAAAACUUACUGGAUCAAUACGUGGUCCGUUAAAUCUGCAUUAAGAAAGAAUACAGCGAAAAUAAUGGUUUGGCUCAUGAGUCCACAUCAAUGUAACAAUACUCGACUUUACGCUGUGCGCUCCCUCAUGGAGGAGCCAAAAACUCGUGAGAUUUUAUCGACCCUCUUGGAAGUGCAUCCUCAGGUUGAGCAAAAGUUCAGCGUGUUUCUUUGGGAUUUGUUGCAAAGAAGGGACGAGAUGCCAAGUGCCGAUGCCCGAAUAUGUGCCGAAUUGAAAGAAGCUUUGAAGAUUUGGGAUUUAGCUAAAGCCAUCGAGCAAGGCCAUACCGAGCUCUGGGUAGAAGAACUGACCUUACUGCGUCGCGAGCUCAUGAGGGAAAGGGAUAUUUGGAUAGAAAAUCAGCUGCCCGUGAUUCAUCGGUAA